AUCAUCUUUAACUGUUUUUAUUUAUCAAUAAUUUGUAAAUAUCACUCCAAACACAUCAUGCAGAGCCAAAAAAUGCCAUUCUUCAAACCUUUGAGGAACGACAAUCAGACAGAGAACAACAGAAGAAAUAAAACUGAGGCAAGGCAGAAGGAGGAAUUUGCUGUGAAUGGGGAACGGCUGACAUCGUUGCACGCCAAGCUCCACCAGGAGGCUGAUCGAAUACGGAAAUGGAAGAACCAAACAGAACUAGACUUGAAACAAAAGGAGCGGAAGAUCCAAGAGACAUCUCAAACCAUUGAUACACUCAGGAAGUCGCUGUUAGAUCUUCAGUUGCAAAAUGAGAGUCUGAGUAUGAACCUACAAGAAGAAAUGAGCAGUAAGGAAGAAAUACUUCAGAGAGUAAAUGCAACACGGCAUAUGUGUUCAGUUUUAAAAGACCAUCUUACCAGAGCUGAAAACAGAAUUGGCAAUUGUGAAGGAGAGAAGGAAGAACUGCAGAAAUUGGAAACUGGACAUAAAUCACAGUUUGAGACAUUGUCUGAAAAGUUUGCAGAACUUCGAACCACCAGCAGUGAAACACACAAGAAGCUCACAAAUCAGUUGGAAGCAGCAGAAGAUGAAAGUCGUAACCUGAAGCUUGAGAUGAAGACAAAGGCAGACGAGGCAGAGGAACAGUUGAAGCAUCUGCAUGAAAAGCUGGAUAACAAAAAUAUUGAAAUAAGAGACAUCAGAGCACAGAUCCAUAAGAACAAUGAAAAAAUACACAGCCAGGAAAAGUCCAUAGACUCCUUGAAGUCCAACUUAAAACAGCUCGAGACAGAGUUACAAGAAGAAUGUAGCAAGACAGAAGCUUUGAAUAAAGAACUCGCUUUAGUUAAGGAUGGCAAGACCAAGUUAGAGGACAGUUUAAAGUCUCGAAACUCAGAAAUGGACGACUUACGUAGCCAACACUCAACGCUUCAGGGUGAGAAGGAGGCUGGAGAGAAACAACACACAGAGGAGGUACAGGGACUGCAGAGGAAACUGGAGGAACAAGGGGACCACCUCAACCAGAAGGGCAACAAGAUCAAGUUUCUAGAGUUUGACCUUGAAAAGGCUAAUUCUACCAUACAAGAAGUCAAGAGCUCAAAAGAUAUGCUUAUCAUGGAGAAGGUGGAGUUGGAACAUCGGAUAAAGGAACUGGAAGUCCAAAAUGCACAGCUACUUGCUCAGCAUGAGGAGAACUGUGCUGCCAUGGGCCAGAUGACAGUCACAAUAUCCCAGCUACAGGGUCAGCUGUCCACCAGCCAGCAGGAAGGGGAACAACUCUUGCAUCAGUUGAAUAAGAUCCAAGGUCACAUGACAACCCUGGAAGCAGAGAAGAUGGAGAUGAAUGAAAGAAUUAAACUGUAUGAGUCAGAUGUGUGCAACAAACAGUCAGGAUUAAUGGACCUACAGAAGGAGCUAACAGAGAAAGCCUGCCAGAUCACUGACAUGUCACAGCGCAUUGAGGCACUGGAAAUGGCCUUACAAACUGCACAGCAAACCCAGGAGAAGUCAAACGCAGAUCUCCAUGGUGUUAAGCAGGAACUGUUAGAAUGUAGAAAAGAUGUCACUCACAAGGAAAAACAGGUCCACAAACUGGAGAAAGAAGUGGAAAACCUUAACAAGAAGAACUGUAAACUGUCUUCAGAUCUAGAAAGCAGUUGCCAGUCAGAAUCGGAGCUAAGAGAUCAGCUGGAAGGGCUGGAAUCAGAGUUGACAUUGCUCAAGGAGAAUAAUGAAAACCUUAUGGAAGAGAGACAACAGAACGAUGAAGCUGUGCAGGGUCAACUGACACACAAGGAGAAGGCAAUGAGUGAUCUGGAGACAAAGAACAAGACUCUUAAGUCAGAUGUUACGGCUAAGAACAAACAGAUCAGGGAACUUGAGAAUGAGAUUAAGAGUUUGAAGGGUAAAAACACAUCAAGCACCAAGAACCUUGAGAACAAGGACAGCCAACUAUCAGAGCUAAAGUCUAACCUACAGGAUAUACAGGAACAACUGGAUACUGCUACACAAGAGAUGGAACAAACAAGACAAAAGGCUGAAGAACUACAGGCCCUAGCAGACCAGAGUGUUGCCGACAAGGAGAGAGCUGUGAAGGACUGUGAGGCUCAGAGAUCAGAGAUGAUUUACAUCAUGGAGGGAUACAAGGCGGACAGUGACAAGAUACUCGCUGAUAAACAGAAGCAGUUGACCACCUUGAAGACACAGCUGGAUACUCUGAAGAAGGAACAAGACAAAGAGGUUGAAAUAGACAAAGAGAAUGGUGACAGGAUAGCCAAGCUUGAAGCUGAAAAUGAACAGCUGCGAAAAACUGUGUCAGCUUCAGGUCAUGAAAUGGAGAGUUUACAGAGAACUUACACAGAGAAGGAAACCAAACUGAUGGAACUGGAAAAAUUAAACUCAGAGAAGGAUGGAGAGUUGAAGGGCCUACAGAAAGAGCUAGAGAAGAUGUUCAUUAAGAGCACAAGUACCACAGUGGUCCAGACUAGCCCAUUCCCAAACAAGACUUACACCCCCAGCCAUCAAAGCACCUCCACACCCAAGCAGGGUGGCCGGUUGCUCAUUAACAAGCCCAGGAGUAGAAGCAAGGAGAAGGCAGUGCCAGACUUUGAAAUGGAUUCAGAGGAAGAGAUUGUUGCAGAACCUGUGAAGAAGGCUCCUUUAAAAACCCUAACUGUGCCAAAGACCCCUUCUGUCCCCAAAACACCAAACAUUCCCCGGACACCCCAGGUCUACCAGACUCCGAGCUCUGCCAAGACACCCCAGAGGAGCAUCUUAAAGCAAGUGGUCUCAGCGUCUGCUUUAAAGAAGAGGCGUGUGGUGUUUGCUGCAAAGGAGGGGGAUGAGGAAUCCAAUUCCGGAGAUUCUUGCUCUUUUGAGGUUAUGGACAUAGAUGAGAGCAAGCAAAGCAAGAUGAAGCUUAUGCAGUCCCCAAAGUCUCAUACCCCAGACCUGUCGGCUGGCAAGAAGUCUCCAGCCAUACUAGUACCCCUGAACCGGACACCUAGAUCACCUGCAGUGGACAUUGAUAGCAAGAGACAGAAGAAAAGCCACAAGAAUGAUGAGAACAGCAUGUUUGAAGACCAAUCGCAGAAAAAGGGCAUGAGGGAGAAACCUAAUGCCACAAGGAAGGCCCCAGCUAAAACAGCAGGCAAGUUUUUCAAGAACAGCCCUAAGAACCGCAUGGCGAGCUUUAGGGAGAACAAGAAAGAACAGGACCUGUCAUGGUUUGAGAGUGAUGAUGUGUUUGGAUUUGCUAAUGAGGCCUGAUAUCUCACAUUUUUUUCUCCUUUCUUUGCUUGUACAUGACUGUGGCUUAUAGUUCAAUGUUGAAAGUUGAUGAAAUUUUGUAUGUGCAUUUGGUGUUUAUAGUGUCAAAGAGUUAGUCAGAUUAAUCUAUAUCUUUAUAUCUUAUUAAGGAAUCUGAUGUAAAAAUUAGCUUGUAAUUUUAUUGAGCCUUUGGCGAUAUGUUAAAUUUUGAUGCCUGUGACCCCAUAUAAUUGGGGAUUUAUUUGAAAAGGAUUUGCCCACUGUUUAUUUAUAUGUAAAAGAAAUUCCCCCAAAAGCACAUUAUAGAUGAAGCUCCUGGAAGUUUUUUAAGUCCUUAAAAGCAUUUUACAUAUUUAUUUGCUUUUCAUAUUCUUCCUCUGCACAUUAAACCUUUCCAACAUGCGGUUUGCACAUGCCAGGCAUCCAGAAUGUACGUUUUAUAUGUACAUGUAUCUGUCACAUGUUGAACAAUAAAUUGUGCCAUAUUCAUCGCUUAAACCAGUUUGCUCUGGAAUUACAUUUAUUUCUAUCAAACCUGUUUAAAAAAAAUUGAUUGUUCCAUGUAAUUUCCAUCAAUUCUUAAGUGUAGCAUUUGUAACUUGCUUUGUUGAAACUUAACAGAUUUCCAGUUGUUGUUAAUAACAUUGUUUGCCUGAUUUUUCUGGACCAUUAUGAUUACCUGUGAUGUUUAUCCUGUCGGGAAUAUUGUUAUUUGUUCUUAUUCACAAGGACAUCAUAAUGAUGUGAUACUCUUGCGGCAAAUUCUGUGAUACUGUUUACAUUUAUUGUUAGGAUGAUGUAUGUUUAAAGUAAAUUUUGCAGUAUAAUGUAUUUUAAAUGUGCAAAUUUGUUCUAAUACCAUGCAUUGUAACGGAUGUGAAAUAUUCAUUUAUAACGGUAUGUUGCCAUUAACUGUUUGUGUAACACAGUAUUUGAUUCUCAUACAGAUACAUUCAA